AAAGCUGUGCGUGGCUGCGCGCCGUGAAGCACCGACAGGCAGGCGCCCACAACGCGUUCUCUCUCUCUCUUCAAGAGGGAGGAGCAGUGAACCACACUCCCCGUUUCUCACUCCUCCUUCUUCCCAGAGAACGCACCACCACCGCAGACGCAGCAGCAACCGCACCUAAUCCAGAGCCAGCUAGAACCCGCCGCCAUGGGCGCGCCGCUUUACGGCGCCGUCCUCCUCUGCCUGGCACUCGCCGCGGCGGCGGUGCCGGACCAGCAGCCCACAUUGCCCUCCUCUUCAGCGGCCAACAUCUCGACGGGGGUCAACUCCAACUCGGUGCUGGUGGCGCUGCUGGACUCACACUACACGGAGCUGGCGGAGCUGGUGGAGAAGGCGCUGCUGCUGCAGUCCCUGGAGGACGCCGUGGGCCGCGGCAACGUCACCAUCUUCGCGCCCCAGAACGAGGCCCUCGAGCGGGACCUCGACCCGGAGUUCCGCGCCUUCCUCCUUGAGCCCCGCAACCUGUGCUCCCUCCAGCGCUUGCUCCUCUUCCACGUCCUUCCAUCCCGCCUGCACUCCGCCUCAGCCGUCUGGCCCGCCUCCACCGCGCGGAUGACGCUCUCCGGCGAGCACCUCGAGCUGUCAGCAGACGGCCAGAAGAUGCUAGUCGGCACCGUGGAGGUAACGCGGCCGGACGCGGUAGUGAGGCCCGACGGGGUCAUCCACGGCAUCGAGCGGCUGCUGGUGCCACGGUCAGUUCAGGAGGAUUUCAACCGCCGCCGCAGCCUGGCAGCCAUCUCGGCCGUGCUCCCCACGGGCGCGCCCGAGGUGGAUCCCAGGACGCACAGGCUGAAGAAGCCAGCGCCGACGGUGCCCCUCGGCGCGCCACCCGUGCUGCCUGUCUGGGACGCCAUGGCCCCCGGCCCUUCCAUCGCGCCGGCGCCGGCCCCCGGCCCCGGAUUCGGGAAGCACCACUUCGACGGGCACAGCCAGGUCAAAGACUUCAUCCAGACGCUGGUCCUCUACGGCGGGUACAACGAGCUCGCCGAUAUCCUGGUGAACCUGACGUCGCUGGCGACGGAGAUGGGGCGGUUGGUCUCGGAGGGGUAUGUGCUGACGGUGCUGGCCCCCAAUGACGAGGCCAUGGCACGGCUGACCACGGACCAGCUCAGCGAGCCCGGGUCGCCGGAGAACAUCCUCUACUACCACAUGGUCCCCGAGUACCAGACGGAGGAGAGCAUGUACAACGCCGUGCGGAGAUUCGGGACGGUCAGGUACGACACGCUGCGGCUGCCGCAGAAGGUGACGGCGAGGGAGGCCGACGGGUCGGUCAAGUUCGGGCACGGCGAGGGGUCCGCCUACCUCUUCGAUCCGGAUAUCUACACCGACGGGAGGAUCUCCGUGCAGGGCAUCGACGCAGUGCUCUUCUCGCCGAUGGAGGACACGGCCAAGAGCGGCAGCGCCUCGGCCGGAGGCUCGCCCGUGAGGAAGGCCCCCGCCGUCACCGGCACCGCCAAGCCCAAGCUCCGACGAGGGAAGUUGUUGGAAGGGGCGUGCCAGAUGGCGGCUCUUCUGGGUGGGCAGUUCACGAGCUGCCAGUAGAUCAUGGCCGACGAUGGCGACCACGGAUGCUUUGCUUGCCUCUUGAGGCUGAAAGAUGAACAUGAUUACAUGAGUUUUGGUUAAUAAGGGUAGUGAUGAGGAGGAAGGCAGAGCUGGUGGUUGCUUUUUGGGCCGUCAGGAAAUUAGUAGAAAAAAAGGUGGAUGGAAAUCUGUUUAUACGGGAGAUCAGAUCGACAUCAGUGUAUAGCAAUUUUUUCUUCUUCUUUAUUUGUUUGAUUUGUGGGUUAUGAUGGUACAUGCUUUUUGAUAAAAAGAAAAAGAAUUCCAAAAA